AUAUAAUCCAAACUUGUUGGAUUUAACUGUAACCAUCUUCUUUAUGAACUUGUUUGAAUCUGGUUUAAUAUGUUAAAAGUUGCCUGAUGUUCUUACAAGUUCCAAUAAAUCCAGCUAAUAUCCUCUAUUACAAUCCAGCAUAAAAAUAAAAAUAAAAAAAAAGACAUUGAUGGCCUACAAAUUUUACAGUUUAUAAAAAUAGACCUUUCUUCCCAUUGAUGAUUUGUUAAAUAUGGUUAAGUUCCAAUAACCCCAAAACAUCAACAGAAAAAACGGUUUAGUUAUUACAAAAACAAACUGUAGGAACCAAAUUGCAAGCAAUGUCAAUUUUUUCGUCUCUAGAUUAAAAAGAGGUGCAAAUCAAUCUUCAUUGUCGUAGUUUACAAUUUGCAGAAAAUGGGGUGUGGUGAAUCAAAACACGCUGUCAUCGAAAACACCAUUAGCCGAAAAAACUCAAAGGCGGGAUCCGAGCGAGGGAAAAGCUCCCAAGGCAUUGAAGAAACAAGGAAAGUUGAUAGCGAAGUGAGCUUAUCGGUGCAACAGGAAGGCAAAAACGACGGUUUGGACAUCGUUGGAGUCGCUUCUGGAACCACCUCUAUCAGUCGGAGGAAUUCGAGAGCAAGGUCCAAGAAGGGGAAAAGCUCGGAAACCAUUGAAGAAUCGAAGAAAGUUGAUGGCGAAACAAGCUCAAUGGUGCAACAGAAGGAAGUCAAAAAUGACAAUCGGGACACCGACGGGAAUAAUUCCGGCACUGUGGUUGAUGGGAAGAAGGUAGCUGAAAGCAUCGAAUUGAAGAAAGGAGAUAAAACGAUGGCCGAAGAGACAAAAGAAAAAAUUAUGGAGGAAAUUAAGCUUGUUGAAGAAACAAAAGAUGGAGAAGCUAAAACUAUGAAGAAAGAGAACUUGGUACAAAGGUCAAAAACAAUAACUUCUACAACUACAACUGAAGCUAAAGUUUCAACCCUAGUUGAAAAACAGGAAGAAAAACCGGCAGGAGUGGAGGAUUUGAAGAAAAAGUGACCAUUUAAAGAGUUUUAUCUGCAUUUAUUAGACUGCUUUUUCUCCUCAGUUUCAUGUAUUAUAAUAUAUGGUAUUAUUUCUCAAAAAUCUAUUUCAGAGAAAAUGUAUCACUCUUUAAGCUAUGAAAAUUAUAAUGAUCAUUGACCUUUCGUGUA